GGAAUCAGAUCCGAUUCGAUCCGAUCCGUGUGGGAGCCCUAAUGAAAGACGAUAGUCGAUAGAUCUUAGAAAAGAGCCCUUCUCUUUGAGAAAGAGAGGGAGAGAGAGAGAGAGAGAGCGGGAGGAGGUCUUGGUGCUUAGUGUUCGAGUUCGACUACUUUCCCCAAGCUACUCGAGGUCAGAAUGGUCAAGCGUGAGCUUUCCAGCACGUUGAAGAACUUGAAGUUCAUGCAAAGGGCAGCUCAAAAAGAGGAGAAAUCUAAGAAAGAAGAAGAGCUCCAACCCAAUAGUGACUUUGUUUCGCCUGGUUUUCAGAAUAGAAAAUGCAUAGUCAUAAUGGAAGGGGAUCCCCAUCCGGGGGCACUGAAAGGGCGGAUGUCAUUUCAAAGUUUUAAUCCUUCCAUUGAUAAAGUGAAUGAAGAGGCAGCAAGUCUUUGUCAACCAAAAGCAUUUGCCACAAAUUCUGUCAAUCAAAAUGGAGGAGCUUAUCCCAGAGAAAAUGAGUCUUCAGCAACCAUGACAGAGUCCUCAAAUGUAGCUAGACCUGACAGUGAUUGUGAUGGAGAUCAUAAAAGAAAACAGCCAUAUAUAAAGACUGAAUCACAAUAUCCUGGUGAAUCACAAAGAAACAUAAUUAGCCUGGGUGAUCAACGUCCAUCACCAAGAAACAGUAAAGCCUCCUAUAAGAAACAGAAGCAUGAAAAGUUGGACUGGAGUGUUCUAAGACCACCAAAAGCUCAGAACAAGAGGGGAUGAACAACAUCGGGUGAAUAUUUUUCAUUGUUGUGUGAUUUUAUUGUUCUAUUUACUUUGAGCUUCUAAUACAUAGUUUAAAACCGUAGAUGUGGUAUGUAACUCGGUGCAUCCUUUCAAUAGUACUUCAUUUUAACUUUCUUAUCUUUAACAAGUAUUUUGAAAAUUUUUAGUCAGGUUUUCCCCUA